AAUACAUUCCCUAUUUGAAGUUAAAUUAUCCAGUCAGUUUGCACCUAUUGUGCCAUAAACACAAGUGCUGAAUUUUGAAUCAAGUACAGAAGAAUUUUGAUUCCAAAAAAUGACGAAAGCAACUCUAAUUCAUGACACAAACGUCGUAGCUGCAACUACAACGAACAAAGCGCUACCUGCGCCCCGAAAGUCGCCGAAAAAGGCGCGUCACACGAAAAAGAAACGUGGCGGCGCUGCCUGUACUUUACCGAAAGUACCCGAAGAGACAGUCGAAGACGUAAAGCCAACUGUGACGGUUUUCAGACCGCAGACUAUAUUAUUAGAGCGCCCACAUCGAAGGGAUAUGGCUACAAGCACAACGGAGGAAAUCGAGGAAAUCGAUCGGAAGCAAACGGAAGCUGUGAAUUCUGGUGAAUUCCCACCUGAAUAUUUAAUUAAACAUCCCUUGCAAAAUACUUGGACUUUAUGGUAUUAUGAACCUGAUAAAAGUAAAUCAUGGGAAGAGAGUCAGCGGGAAAUAACAAGUUUCGAUACAGCUGAGGAUUUCUGGAGUUUAUAUAACCACAUAAAAACAGCUUCUGAAUUAAGGCAAGGUUGUGACUAUAGCAUGUUUAAACAAGGAAUUCGGCCUAUGUGGGAAGAUGAGCAGAAUAAAUGUGGUGGACGAUGGUUAAUAAAUCUAGAUAAAAAGCAACGUUUUGCAGAUCUAGAUAAUUUUUGGUUAGAAAUUUUACUUUGUAUGAUCGGAGAAGCUUUCAAUGAAUAUUCAGAUGAUGUAUGUGGAGCUGUAGUAAAUAUUAGGCCAAAAGGGGAUAAAAUUGGAGUUUGGACCUCAAAUGCAAAUAGUGAAGAUAGUGUUAUGGAAAUUGGGCGUAAAUUAAAAGAAAGAUUGAGGAUCACACCUAAAAUGUCUAUGGGAUAUCAAGCACACAAAGAUACUAUGGUUAAAGCUGGAAGUCAAACAAAAAAUACUUAUACACUUUAAAUAUCUUUCUUUUUUUAUUUUAAUACUUAUGUUAAAUAAACACUCUAAAUUCAUAUAA